AGAAAGCGGGGGAUCAUAGAGAUUAAAGGGCAGUGAAGAGAAGGAAGUCUGAAAGGGUUACUCUAGCGUAGAAGUUCGAUAACCGAGCGAGGGCAGCGCGCUGGGAUUUCUUUUUUGAAACGCCAGCAGGGUUCUAAAGUAUUCAAAAAUGGAAGCAAAGAAAGCAAAUAUAUUUUCACCAAAUUCUCCGGGACAAAAUGUGAACCCUGAUCUGGACAUUGAACGAAAAAACAUCUCUUUCUCCAUUGAGCACCUUACUAAUAUACUGGACGGCGGAGCAAACAACACCAAGCUCCGGAGGGAAGUUGAGGCUGUGCUUGAGGCUGAUCCAGAGUUUAGCCAAGAAAACCGGUAUUUCCAGAGCCAAAAUGAAAGAUAUGAAAGUGCUGUCAGAAAAACUGUUUACCUCUUCCAAAAGGUGGCUAAAAUGGGAUGGAUUGAAGAUGGCCCAGAACAGCACUACUGCUUUAAGUUUCUUGCUGAGGAUUUGGCAUUUAACUUACAUGUGGUCUUUAUGAAGAGUAUUUUGGCUUUAGGCACUGAUGAACAGAUCAACAAAUGGAUUCCUUUAGCAAAAAAGAUUUUUAUCAUAGGGACCUAUGCCCAGACUGAAUUGGGACAUGGAUCUAAUCUUCGGGGCUUGGAGACCACAGCCACGUUUGAUGUGGCUACUCAGGAGUUUAUCCUAAACACGCCAACCUUAUCUGCCAUGAAAUGGUGGCCAGGAGACCUGGGACGGACUGCAACUCAUGCUGUGGUUUUUGCUCAACUUUAUCUGAAGGGACGUUGUUAUGGCAUGCAUCCAUUCAUCGUACAAAUCCGCAGCCUCAGAGACCAUUCUCCAAGUCAAGGAAUAACUUUAGGGGAUAUAGGUCCCAAAAUGGGCUUUGAGAAUAUUGACAAUGGCUUUCUCAUCCUGAAGAAUGUCCGUGUUCCAAGAGAAAACCUGUUGGCCAAAUUCUCUCAGGUUCUACCAGAUGGUCAGUAUAAGAAACAAGGAUCUGACAAAAUCAACUAUUUGACUAUGAUUGUGGUUCGGGUGAACAUACUUCAGAGUUCAAUUAUUCCCUGUCUGAUGAAGGCUUGUACUAUUGCUAUCCGAUACUCCGUGGUGCGUCGGCAAUCUGAGUUAAAGCCAGGUGAUCCAGAGGUUAAGAUUUUGGACUAUCAGACUCAGCAACAGAAGCUUUUUCCUCAGCUGGCCACUGCCUAUGCCUUUCAUUUUACUUGCAACUAUCUGCUGGAGACUUUCCACAGAUGCUACAACCAGACCCAAGAAGGAAAAUUUGACUUGCUUCCAGAGCUUCACGCCCUGGCAGCAGGCAUAAAAGUGAUUAUUACCGACUACUGCUCAGCUGGAGUUGAGGUGUGUCGAAGGGCUUGUGGGGGACAUGGCUACUCUCUUCUCAGUGGCCUGCCUUCCAUUUAUAUGAAAGUGGUCCCGUCGUGUACUUAUGAGGGAGAAAAUACCGUUCUCCUGCUGCAAACAGCCAGAUUUCUUAUAAAAUGCUAUGGAAUGGCACAAAUGGGCCAGCCACUUCCUUCAUCAGUUGCCUACUUUUCUUCAGUGAAUUUUGGAAAAUGUCAAGCCCAGGAAGAAAAGGAUUUCCUAAAUCCUGAUAUAUACACAGAUGCCUAUAAGCAUCGAGCCUUCAGGUUGGUAUUCAGGAGAGAUGCUGUGCCAUUGGUGGAUGCCUUUGACUUUUCUGAUGCAUGUUUAAAUUCAGCCCUGGGAAGCUAUGAUGGCCAUGUCUAUCAGAGGCUUUAUGAGUGGGCCAAGAAGUCCCCAACCAAUCACCAGGACGAUCGGGUCUUCAAGACAUACUUAAAACCACUUUUCCAGAAUGCUCUCUCCAAAUUGUGAAGAAGGGUCUGGCACAGGGAAACUCUUUUCCAAACUCUCUUCCAAGCAACACUGUCAGUUUUCCUUAAUAAGCACAUGAAAUGUAAUUGCUGACUGCCUUUAAGCUGGAUAACAACAGACUCAAUUCUCCCAAAGGUGCUUUUUCCAAAAGACAACAGGACUUUUUGGGGUGUUUUUUUUUUCCCUUUGAAAAUGUUUUGUUUCUCAUUCAAGAGGCGUCUUUAGAACUGAAGAGAAGAAGUUUCUUGGACGAGAAGCAAAACAUUUUCAAAGGGAACACACACACACACACACACACACACACACCCAAAAAAGGCCAGUCACCUUUUGGAAAAAGCACCGUUGGGACAACCAUGACCUGGAUGAUUGAGAAUCUCUAUAAAAUCGCAGCCUUCUUUUGUCAUACAAAAGGCGGGCAGCUGAUUCACAAAGAGCCUAUGAUGGUGGGAUUGUUUGCAAGAUGGCUCACCACCGGAUAGUGAUCCUACAUUGGUUUCCCAUUCACAGAUUUCAAUCAAAUGAAGAGUCUCUACGAAGUCCACCCAGUUAAAAUUAGGAAAAAGUCAAACAUCUUCCCCAAAAGAACCUUAUCCAUCCCGAUGCCCUUCAAAUAUGCUAGACUGCAACUAUCCACAGAGAAGUUGUAGUCCAAGUCAUUUGGGAGGCAGUAAGCUAGGAAAGGAUGCCCUAAAGCAGAGGGGCCACCACCUUUUGGGCACCAGGGACCAGUUCCAUGGAGAGAGGUUUCUCCAUGGACCGGAGGGCGCGUGGUUUCGCAUGCUGCCUGCAUCCCACAGACGGGGCUUCACUUUUGUUUGCAUGGACCAGUUUCUGGCAUGCUGUGGACUGAUGCCGGUCCACAGACCAGGUGUUGAGGACCCCUGCCUUAAAAUAGCGAUGAUGGGAUGCUAAUAGGAAAGGGUUCGUAGAAUUGGGUUGGUGGUGGUGCUUUUGAGUCAGUGCUGAUUUCUAGCAAUUGCCUAGACUAGUCCUUGCAGUUGGGAUAAUAUUAUUCCUAAUAAUAAUAAUAAUAAU